UAAAUUGAUGUCUUUAUAUAUUCUAUGCUUAACUAUCCCCAACUGUGAUUAUCGACUCUUCGAAAAAAUCACACUUGCAAACCUUCGCUUCUAUGAAAUAAACUUAAUUGAAAGACAACUUGAAGUUAUAAUUUCUCCUACUCAUAACAAAACUAAUAAAAGAGAACUCAAAGCUAGAAAGCAAGUUGCUAACUGGCAUGAUAACAAUCAGAAUCUGGUUGAUCAUUGUAGUGGUCCAACAGGAUGCUUUAUAUUAUCUAAUAGUGACAUUCUUGGCUCUGAUGUCUUUGUUAUUCUUAUUGAUAG